AUGGCGGACACGACAUCUCCCGCAGCAGCAUCUUCGCCCAAGUCUCAGAAGUCGGACACACCUCCGACGGCCGAUGCGGCCCCAAUCGAGGUCGGGGAUGAUAAUCCCGUCGAUGAUGGAGACUCGGCUCUUGGUACUGAGGCCAGCAGCUCCUCGGCGUCGAUCAGCUCGAGCAUCCUAGACUACAGGACUAUGCACGGGAGGACAUAUCACUCUGAAAGAGGGACUGCUCAGUAUUGGGCACCCAACGAUGCACUGCAAAAUGAAGUCAUGGAUAUUCAUCACCAUCUUCUUACAAUUGCUUCCGAGGAUAAGCUCCAUCACGCGCCGAUCAAAAAGGAUAUCGACAAAGCCCUGGAUAUUGGGACUGGAACAGGGAUCUGGGCUAUCGACUUUGCCGAUGAGUAUUCUGCCACCGAAGUAAUCGGAACUGAUCUCUCUCCCAUUCAACCGUCUUGGGUCCCGCCCAACCUGAAAUUCGAAAUUGAGGACUGCACCCAGCCGUGGACCUUUCGCCCCGACACCUUCGACUACAUCCAUAUGCGCUACCUAGUAGGAAGCGUCAAGGACUGGAACAGUCUCUUCGAGCAAGCAUUCCACGCAUGCAAACCCGGAGGAUGGGUGGAAAGCUUCGAGGGCGUUCCAAUUAUGCAGAGCGACGACGGGAGUGUCCCUGACGAUAGUGCCAUGGCCGGCUGGGGAAAGACGUUUAUUGAAGCUGGCAAGAAGCUUGAAAGGUCUUUUACGGUGGUUGAUGAUAACGUGCAGGAGGAGGGCAUGGCGGCAGCUGGGUUGGUCGAUAUUGAAUCGAGGGUCUUCAAGAUACCUAUUGGACGAUGGCCCAAGGACCAAAACUAUAGAAACAUCGGCCUUUUCGCGCAGGAGGUUCUGGAGGGAGAUGUCGAGGGCCAUGUUCUUCACGUGGCCGAUCUCGCAUGGGGAUGGCCCAAGGAACAAGUAACGGUCUACUGUGCAAAGCUGCGAAAGGAGAUUCGCUCUGGGAAGCAUCAUCCUUACUAUCGCAUCAAGAUUGUUUACGGUCGGAAGCCAGAGGUAUCUGGCGAAGGAGACAUUUCACUUCCUGACACGCCCGCGACGGGGCCGACAUUUUUCGGUUUCACUGGCCACACCGAAAUCUUCCAAGAGACAAAGAAUUACCUCUCCCAGCUCCGAAUAUUCGAUACUGACUUUGAUGAUGCAAGCAUAUCAGGAUCAACAUCCCAGUGCCGAGUCAACUUCCAGGACCUGUCACCCACAAUUCGCCAGACUUGUCUUGCAAUCCUGGGUUGUGUAUUCGGCCCGACCUAUCAACAGCUGCUACUGCAGAAUACGAUGCAGAAGCCAACACCAUUCUCGCAUUUUGCGGUUCCUGUCAUCGUCGACUCGUUACACACUGCAUUCGGACCCCAUUCGUACAACCGAAAGCAAGAUCUGGAACGCAUUGCUGAGAGAAUAUGCAACAACACCAGUCGACCUCUGCUCGAUAUUCAUACCAGUCCAAAGGCAUGGAUGGAUCAAUUUUGUGGCCCGAACCUCAGAUGGGAGUCACUCGGUCUCUUGUGGUCCACCCUUGCGACCUUGCCAGACGCUUUCAAUACUCUCGAGGAUGCUCAACUCAACACGACAGGAGUCAAGACGCCACCGGCAUCUGCCUUGUCAUUCUUGGCAAGAUGUAUUGAGUUGGCGCAAAAUUUCACCGAAGGAAAUGACUUGUUGAUUAAUCUCUAUCGUCUGAAGGAAACAUCCCAGUCGGGUAUCACAGGUGACGCGAGCCUGAUCUGCUGGGUAACCCAUGCAGAGGCAGUCGCCAUGAUGACGUACCUUGGUGGACACGCGCAAAAGGAUGGCCCCAACUACAAGCCCUCUUUGUGUUCCGAGUACAAGCGACAUCUCUUCGCCCAAGUCUUCUCCGUCGAUAGACAUGGUGUUGCAUUCACAGGGCGUCCACCGCUGCUUCAUCGUAAAUACUGCACGACUCCCCUUCCUCUUGACUUGAGUGAAGAGGAACUUGUGGCUGAUGAAGCUACCUUUACGAACGCUGUUGCUGCAUUGGAUGCUAAUGGCUGGAAUACGCAUGGAGGCAUCUAUGUGUCUACGUUUUGCCGGGCGCGUGUCAUGAUCAUCUAUCUUCUUGACGAGAUUAUGGAACUAGCUCUUAGUCCUGGGGCCAACCCAAGUCUCGAGUCACUGAGGGCACUCAAACAGCGUGAGAUGGACACCAUCUCCCAAUUCCCAGCCGGACUGGUCUAUAACCCUCAAGACCUCGCCGACCCCAGCAUCGAUGCGGACAUUCUUACCGUUAGAAUGUUGCUUCAGAUUACACACCUGCAGAACCUGUUUUUGCUGGAAAGAUUGCUGCUGCGACACGGUGCUCCGGACGAGGGGGACUUGCUUAUCACAACAUUUGAGAUUGUGACUUUGACUCUUACUUUCUGGACUCAGAAAGAUCGCUUCUCUCAAGUCCGUCGCUACUUCGAGUGGCUGUUGAUGGCUUUCGCGGCACCAGGAGGUGGAAUUCUAUGCCUCGAGCUCCUACAACCAACCUUUCACUGGAAGCAUCCUAAAGAUGACCGCCUCACCCGUUCAAGUCUUGUCCAGCAACUGAGCCUGUUAGUCGGCUUCUUCGACUGGGUCGGACCCUCGGCGCCGAACGCGGAUCUCUGCGCCAACUGCAAGAUUGUGAUUCAGCGUGUUCUGGAUUAUCAUCUCAACGACGCGAUGGGUACUUUGGGGGUAUUGGAGGAUUUUAAUUCUGGGUUGACGGGACCUAUGAAUUUCAACUUUGAUCUGCUGAAUACGUUUGACUGGCUGGAUGCGAGUUCGAGGUAG